AUGGAGGAACAAUAUACACAUCGUCAGGCAACACAACGCAGCGCGGCAGGACAAGCCUCAUCAAAGCAACUGCUUCUAGAAACCGCGCCGGCGAUCUCGGAGAGCAACCUCGAGGUCGCCGCCGCGAAUCUCGCCGCCCUAAAACGCGCGGGGAACCCCCGCGGCGACCCAGACCAAAGGCUGGCCUUAAUGAUGAUCUCCGCUCUAAUCGCGCGCAUAAACUCGCCGCCGUCGGCGACCCUAACCCCGCCGGCUUCGGAGCUCUGCAGUCUAGAACACCAAACAGCGAUCCAGAUGCUCUACGACGCUUCCCCCAUCUUCAAACUCGGCCACGUGGCGGCCAACUUCGCGAUCCUCGACGCGGCAAGAGAUCACCCGAAGAUCCACAUCGUCGACUUUGAUCUAAGCCAAGGAGUCCAGUACGCUCUGUUGAUUAACGCCGUCUCUGAGAGAUCCCGUCACCGCUCGCUCACGCUGCUAGUGAACAUAACUGCCGUUUGCGACCCAACUAUGCCGUACAAUACUCCGAGCACUGUCAACAACCUGAAGAUCAUCGGCGACAAGAUCGUCACGCUGGCAAGCCGGUUCGGAGUCCCGGUCCGGUUCAGCGUUUUGAACCGGAGGGCGUCGGAGCUCGAGCGGGCGUCGCUCGGGUGCGAGGCCGGCGAGUGCUUGGCGGUGUAUCUGUCGUUCGCUCUGUCGAGGAUCGCCGACGAGAGCGCUUCCCCGGCGAACCCGCGGGACCAAUUGCUCCGGCGAGUGAAGUCUCUCGGACCCGACAUUGUCAAGCUCGUCGAGCAGGAGAUGAACGCCAACACCGCGCCGUUCGCGACCCGGUUCGGUGAAGCCUGCGGUCACUACGGCUCGGUCCUCGAUUCGCUCGACGCGACGAUGAGCCGGGACGAUCGGGGCCGGUUCAGGAUCGAGCGUGCGCUCGGUCGAAAGGCUAGCAACUCUGAGAAGGGACACACCUUUGUCUUGAAGGUUGCUGCCUGUGUGCUUCCUGAUAAAGAUGCUGCUGUGGAGGGAGAGGUCCAGUUCGAGGGUAGGAUCUGUGCUGAGGCUAUGUUGCUGGUGCAGGUCGAGGUGGAGCUGGAGGAGCUGCUCGAACUGGAGGUGGGGGCAAACGAGCCUGCUGUUUCUGAGGACAAUCUCGACUCAUAUGGUCGGGGGACCCACAGCUGA